AUGCUUUCGCUUAAGGCUGACAUCGCAUCGAAAAUGCAUCGUAGCGUGCUCGGAUUAAACAUCCAAUUCAUCGAUAGCCCCGGUAUACUCCAGAAACGGACACUUGCCAUAAUAGAACUCCGUGAGCGUCAUACAGCGGUGCAUUUGAAGGAAGUCGUAUUCGCUAUACUCGAUCGGUUUGGAAUCCAUCCACAUCAAAUCUAUAGCAUUACCAUAGAUAACGGUAAGAAUAUGGUAAAGAUGUCUUCCUUAAUCGAAAAGGAAACAGUGCCAGCAGAGGAAUAUGAGGGCAGUAUCGAGUGCGACACGGCGGCCGGAGAAGACCUUGAAGAGCAGGACGAAGUCUUGGAAGGAAUGCUUUCAGAUCUGGAAUCGGUGAUUGGGCACACGUUGGUAACAGUUCGAUGCGGAGCACAUACUGCACAGCUAGUAGUAGCAGAUGCUUGUAAAAGCCAUCAGGCAGACCUCAAAAAGGUCACGAAAGUUGUUAUCUUGUAUCGCAAUGCUAAGUACAAGAACUUUUUUGAUAUUUCUGGAGGAAAGUACCCAGUGACACCCGUACCAACUCGUUGGAAUUCCAAUUACUUGAUGAUGAGGACACUGGUGAAUCAAAAGGAUUUUUUCAUGAAACUUGGUGAAGAAUUUGAAGAGCUGAAUUUGAUAGAUCUGUGGUGUCUAAUUGAAGGGUACGUGGAAGCUUUUGAGCCUCUUUAUGACUGUACAAUUGCAAUUCAAAGCCUGAACUGCACUCUCAGCGACUUUUUCGGACACUGGAUGACAGCCUUUGGACGAGUGGCAUCCAUUCAAUCCAACAUGUUUCAAAGGGUUUUCAAAAUGACGUCCAAGCAGCGUGUCAAAAAUUUGUUCGCGCAGCAAGUGAAUCCGACGUUCUCACACGCCAAAUUGGCAAAAUUGCUGGAUGUGGCCAAAUCGACCGUGACAAACGUUUUAAUAGUGUUUGGAGAGCGUCUGUCGACCACCAGGAAGCCUGGAAGCGGCGGCAAUCGUAAUCCGGACGUGGCAGUGACGACGAAGAAGUUGGCGGUGAAAUAUAAGCGGAAUCCUAACCUCUCCAUUCGGGACGUCGCUGGCAAGCUCAAUGUCUCCCAUACUACUGUGCAGCGGGCCAAGAAACGAGCCGGGUUGUCGACGUUUAAGAAGGUGAAGGUGGCGAAACGAGAUCACAAACAAAACACGUCGGCAAAGCAGCGGUCCCGAAAUCUGUUUACGAAUCUGCUCACAAAAAUUUUAGAGGUGACGGACCAGCAGAAGGAACAGCAACAGCAGCAACUAAAGCAGAAGCAGCAUUGGAAGCAGCCGCAGCCGUGGGAGCUGCAUCGCUAA